GAUAGGCUCUCUGGUACUGAGGGUCCGGACUCAGGUAAGGGUCCAUAGACACCUGUCCGAUUGCUCACAAUCUAAAUCCAGAAGUGGAAUUAACAAGUCAACUAAAGGUCUGUGAUAGCUCAGAGCGUCUGACCCCAUAUGGUCCCGUGGCACCAAACAUUCACUAGUGGAGGCUUCUCCGACCCUACCCUGACGGCAGUCAACCCCGAUCGUCGUUAAGAAGUGUCCCCCCGGAAAUGCUCCGUCUAAGCCAGCUGGUGUGAAGAGUAGGGGAGUGAUAGCCGAGCCUCCCGACUCUAAGCCCGUCUCUCCGCGUUAACGUACGAGGUGGGUUUUUGGUGCGCGGAUAAAGUUUCAUUGCUUGUUUCCGCGGAGCAUGGCAACCCGCCCCAACAGGACUCUCAAAGACCCCGUCUGCUUGUUGAUGGAAUAUGCCGCAAAGACCAAGAUCAAAGUAGACUUUACCGAUCCGGUGAGAGAAGGACCCGACCACGCCCCUAGGUUUGUGGUGGGAAGUGUCGUAGAUGGUCAAAAGUUUGCCUUAGGUAGCGGAAGCAACAAAAAGACAGCGAAGAAGGAAGCUGCUAAGAUAGCAUUAAGGGCUUUACUCGGAGACACACCGACCAGUGGAAACUUGGAUAACGGCAUCUCUGAAAAUGGUUACGAUUCGGAUGAGGGUGGAAGUAAGGACCCCGUCAGUGAGUUGAUGGAAUAUGCCCACGUCGUCAAAGCCACUGUCCUCUUCACCCCUGUUGUGCGUGAUGGACCCGACCACAGACCAGUAUUCUGUACCUCAGCAGUGGUGAGUGGGAAAUGUUAUUCACCAGGAUGUGCGGGGACAAAGAAACAAGCGAAGAAGGAGGCCGCUCAGUUAGCUCUGGAAGCCAUCGAGCUCGAACACGGACACAGAUCGCCCGUUAGCGAAAGUUCCCAUGAAGAUUCCGAUUCGAUCAAAUCUAACUGCUCAUUCGAUGGCAAGCAUCCGACCAGCGCCCUGAUGGAGUUUGCGCAGGCACGUAACUUCCAGGUCACUUUCCUUCCACCGGAAGUUGAGGGCCCUGACCACAUACGCAGAUACACAACGGCUGUCGUACUCAAUGGACAUGUGUUGCCCAAGGGGAUGGGGGUGUCCAUUAAGGAGGCGAAGAGAGACGCGGCUUACAGGGCUAUGGGGCUGUUGACUAACAGAGCCUUCCUGGCGAAACUACUCCGUUCAAGCCCUUCCUCAGAGAGAAAUGGCCACAUGAGCGGAGAGCAGGGUCUCGAGUCGCUCUCCCCGAUGUUACUCAGUGUGCUGGAGGACUUCUCUGAUAAGGACCCGAUCUGCGCCCUGCAGGAAUACUGCGUGCCUCGACGUUUUACUGUCAACUACCUGGAGCACCCGGCUACAGGGCCUAGUCACCAACCCACGUUCGCCAUGGCCUGUAGCGUAGACGGCCGAGUCUUUCCCACCCAAGUAUCCAAUCAGAAACAAACAGCCAAGAAAGAGGCAGCGCGUAUCGCCCUGGCAACCAUCCUCAGUGAAGCUCAACAACGAUUGGUUGAGGCCAAUACCAUUGCGGUAAGGUCAUUCUUCCCCAAAGAAAUCAGUGUACCUGACGAAUCAAUCAUUCAGUCAGUCCAUCCUCAGUUAAUCAACACUCAUCCAGCAGUCAUCUGUGUGUCUCUCUCUCUCCAACCUACACAGGUGGGUGACCUGAAGAAGACCCUGAACGAGUCGGCGUCCUGGGAAGACUAUGUGGCGGCACUGAGCCACCGGAUCCUGGAGAUUAUCCAAGACGCUCAGCGAGAUAAGUUCGUGAAAGAGAAGGUUCUUGCUACUAUCAUCCUGAAGAGGGGCAGGAAGCACCCGGGCACAGUGGUCAGCCUUGGCACAGGAAACCGAUGCAUUCUUGGUAAACAUUUGACCAGCGACGGUAAAAAGGUUCAUCAUUCUCACGCGGAAGUGAUAGCCAGGAGAGGGUUCUUACGCUACCUGUACAGCCAGCUGAGGGGAGGCCACACGGAUAUGUUUGAAAAGAGCCAGAGUGGGAAGCUGAAGUUGAAACCCGAAGUGUCUGUCCACCUUUACAUCUCACGUCCGCCAUGCGGAGACGCCUCCGCAUUCAUAGACAUAUCGAACAACCCCGUAAAGAUGAGAGCCAUGAAAAGACAGGGACUCCUCCGCACUAUCAUGGAAGACGGGGAAGGCGCAAUCCCAUGUACAUCCGAGCCGGACGAAGCUAGCUUCUGUCAGCUGCAGACAGGGGACAAGCGGCUUCGCGUCAUGACCUGCUCAGACAAGAUUUGUCGCUGGAAUGUGCUCGGCAUCCAGGGGGCGCUGCUCAGUCGGCUGCUAGACCCUAUCUACCUGACCUCCAUUACCGUCGGAAGUUUUAGAGGGCAACAACUUCGACAUUUACCUCGAGCUGUCUCAAAGAGGCUGGGAACCGAGGAUACCGAACCGUUAGGAAAGUACCUUCCUAAUUUAUUCAGGAUAAAUCAUCCAAUAGUGGGAAGCGUUACAGACAGCUCGUCGGAUGUGUAUGACCUACCGAACUCUCGUCAGUACAGCAUCAACUGGUGUGAGGGUGACACGACUGUAGAAGUAGUGGACGGCAUGUCUGGGGAAAGGGUUGUCGGACAAGGUCCAGAGUCGAUGUCACGAGUGUGUAAACUGGCUCUGUACUGUCACUACAUGGAGAUCAGCCGCAGAAGCCGACGGCCUGGCACUGUACAGGGAGAUAACUACUUAGGCAGUAAGUUGCGGGCCACGGAGUAUCAGGCCGCCAAAGACACCUUCAUACGCCGCUUGUUUGACCUGGGUUACGGGCCUUGGAUUCAUCUGCCUGAUGAAAUCGAUUCGUUCGCUCUCUAGGGCAAGGAACGGAUACCACAACAUGAGCCUUAGGGAGUUGACUAGUUCAUAUUAGGCUGGUUAUAAGUUGGUUGUAAGCUGGUUAUAAGUUGGUUGUAAGCUGGUUGUAAGCUGGUUGUAAGCUGGUUAUAAGUUGGUUGUAAGCUGGUUAUAAGCUAGUUGUAAGCUGGUUAUAAGCUGGUUGUAAGCUGGUUAUAAGCUGGUUGUAAGCUGGUUAUAAGUUGGUUGUAAGCUGGUUAUAAGCUGGCUUGUGGAAGUUUAUUCACGGGUGACCGGGUCAUUAGUUGACCACCACAUCAUGAAGAGAAUAGCGGAGUUUUGGUGUUCUGAGACAAUCGCUCCAACCCUCUAUACAUUCCAAAACCUUUGUAUAAGUUGGAAGUAAAUGUACGUUUUAUGUUUCGCCUAUAUAUAUUUUAUUUGACAGAUUUUAUUACUUUGCCCGGACGGUGAUUAGCAUACUUAUAACCAUUACCACCGCGCUAUGCACUUUUAUUCAUGCAUCGUGUUUGAUUGCGGAAUUCUCACCUUAUGGUACGGAAUUCUCAAGUUAUGUUAUAAAUUUUUACAAUUGUUAAAUUGUAUUGCUGAAUUGUCAUGGUGUGUUGCAGAACUGUCAGUUUUAAUAUGCAAAAUGGGUAGACUGUAUUGUAGAAUUGUGAUGGUAUUUCACAUAAUUAUCAUGUCAUGUUGCAGAAUUGUCACAUCAUGUUGCAGAAUUGUCACGUCGUUUUGCAGAAUUGUCACGUUGUGUUGCAGAAUUGUCAUGUCGUUUUGCAGAAUUCAGAAUUGUCAGGACGUGUUGCAGAUUGUCACGUCGUGUUGCAGAAUUGUCACGUCGUUUUGCAGAAUUUAGAAUUGUCAGGUCGUGUUGCAGUAUUGUCCGGUCGUGUUACAAAAUUGUCCAGUCGUACUGCAGAGUUGUCACGUCGUGUUGCAGAAUCGUCACGUUGUGUUGUAGAAAUGUCACGUCGUGUUGCAGAAUUGUCACAUCAUGUUGCAGAAUUGUCACGUCAUGUCGCAGAAUUGUCACAUGGUGUUGCAGAAUUGUUACGUUGUGUUGCAGAAUUCAGAAUUUUUCACGUUGUGUUGCAGAAUUCAGUUAUUUUUCCAAGUCAAUUACAGUGGUAACUUUUCAUUGUGUUCAUCAUUGCUCACAAUUUUCCCACAUCACUGACGGUUGUUAUGAACCGUUGAUCAUUAAUGUGCUUUGUUGGUUUUGUAAUCAUACAGCACAUAAUAGGCCCACUGUAACACCUCCCCACAGUACAUCGUGUAUCAUACAGAACAUAGUAGGCCCACUGUAACCUCUCCCCGCAGUGCAUCGUGUACCAGAGAGCACAUAGUAGGCCCACUGUAACCUCUCCCCGCAGAACGUCGUGUAUCAUAUAAAACAUAAUAGGCCCACUGUAACCUCUCCCCGCGGUACAUCGUGUAUCAUACAGCACAUAGUAGGCCCACUGUAACACCUCCCCGCAGUACAUCGUGUAUCUUACAGCACAUAAUAGGCCCACUGUAACCCCUCCCCGCGGUAUAUCGUGUAUCAUACAGCACAUAGUACGCCCACUGUAACCCUUUCUGGCAGUACAUUGUGUGUCAUACAGCACAUAGUAGGCCCACUGUAACCUCUCCCCGCAGUACACCGUGUAUCAGAGAGCACAUAGUAGGCCCACUGUAACCUCUCCCCGCAGUACGUCGUGUGUCAUACAACACAUAAUAGGCCCAUUGUUACACCUCCCCACAGUACAUCGUGUAUCAUACAACACAUAGUAGGUCCACUGUAACAUCUCCCCGCAGUGCGUCGUGUAUCAUACAGCACAUAGUACGCCCACUGUAACCCUUUCUGGCAGUACAUCGUGUAUCAUACAGCAUAUAGUAGGCCGACUGUUACACCUCCCCGCACUACAUCGUGUAUCAUACAGCAUAUAAUAGGCCCACUGUAACACCUCCCCUCAGUACAUCGUGUAUCAUACAGCACAUAGUAGGCCCACUGUAACCCUUUCUGGCAGUACAUUGUGUGUCAUACAGCACAUAGUAGGCCGACUGUUACACCUCCCCGCAGUACACCGUGUAUCAUACAGCACAUAGUAGGCCGACUUAUCCCCCGUUCCCCCGCAGUACAUUGUGUAUCAUACAGCACAUAGCAGGAACACUGUUACACCUCCCGUCAGUACAUCGUGUAUGUUCAUUCCUUCAGUUGUCUUUGUCAUUAUGAUAAUCAAAAUGGUGCUAUGUAUAUAAAGAUAUCCAGGGGCGUUCAGAAUUCUGAGCGUGGUUUAUGCCAGCUAUCGCACAAACAUGCUCAGUAUUACCAGCGGUGAACAGGUAGCUCAUACACUAUGCAGAGAAUGUCACUGUACCUCGAAAUAUAUUGUCUGAGUUGUAUGAACAGUAUGUCCUAUGUCUAUGUCCACCCCUAUGUCUGUGUCCUCCCCUAUGUCUGUGUCCUCCCCUAUGCAUAUGUUCACUCCAAUGCCUAUGUCUACCCUGUGUCUAUGUCCACCCUGUAUCUAUGUCCACACUGUGUCUAUGUCCACCCUAU